CAAUACGAACAAAAAGAAGUGCGUGAACAUCAAUGUGACAACUACUCAAAAUGUGACUUCCGCUUCCGCAGGUCGAUCAGCACGCCUUCUACUCAAGAAGCCUGCUCCAACAGAGGUCCGAAUCAAGAUCAGCCUUCACUUGCGACAUCCAUUUCGCCG